GCUGGGGAGCCUUCCGGGGAGAGGAGCCAGGGCGUAGCGAUGGCGGGGGCGCCGGCUUUGAAGCACUGGCGCACCACGCUGGAGCGGGUGGAGAAGUUCGUGUCGCCGCUUUACUUUACCGACUGUAACCUCCGCGGCAGGCUCUUUGGGGAAACGUGCCCCGUGGCCGCGCUCUCCAGCUUCCUGACGCCGGAGAGGCUUCCCUACCAGGAGGCAAUCCAGCAGAACUUCAGCCCCGCGCAGAUCGGCGACAGCUUCGGACCGACAUGGUGGACCUGCUGGUUCCGGGUGGAGCUGACCAUCCCAGAGGCAUGGGUGGGCCAGGAAGUUCACCUUUGCUGGGAAAGUGAUGGAGAAAGUCUGGUGUGGCGUGAUGGGGAACCUGUCCAGGGUUUGACCAAAGAGGGCGAGAAGACCAGCUAUGUCCUGACUGAUAGGCUGGGGGAAGGAGAACCCCAAAGCCUGACCCUCUAUGUGGAAGUGGCCUGCAAUGGGCUCCUGGGUGCUGGGAAGGGAAGCAUGAUUGCAGCUCCCGAUCCUGAGAAGUCAUUCCAGCUGAGCCGGGCCGAGCUGGCUGUGUUCUACAGGGAUGUCCACAAGCUCCUGGUGGAUCUGGAGCUGCUGCUGGGCAUAGCCAAGGGCCUCGGGGAAGAUAACCAGCGCAGCUUCCAGGCCUUGUACACAGCUAACCAGAUGGUGAAUGUGUGUGACCCUGCCAAGCCUGAGACCUUCCCACUGGCCCAGGCCCUGGCCUCCCAGUUCUUUGGCCAACGUGGUGGUGAAAGCCAACACACUAUCCAUGCCAUAGGGCACUGCCACAUUGAUACAGCCUGGCUUUGGCCCUUCAAGGAGACCAUAAGGAAAUGUGCCCGGAGCUGGGUGACAGCCAUGCAGCUCAUGAAACAGAACCCUGAGUUCAUCUUUGCCUGCUCCCAGGCGCAGCAGCUUGAGUGGGUGAAGAGCCACUACCCUGGGCUGCACUCCCAGCUCCAGGAGUUUGCCUGCCGUGGGCAGUUUGUACCUGUGGGGGGCACCUGGGUGGAGAUGGAUGGGAACCUGCCCAGCGGAGAGGCUAUGGUCAGGCAGUUCCUGCAGGGCCAGAACUUCUUUCUGCAGGAAUUUGGGAAGAUGUGCUCUGAGUUCUGGCUGCCGGACACAUUUGGCUACUCAGCGCAGCUCCCCCAGAUCAUGCGUGGCUGUGGCAUCAGGCACUUUCUGACCCAGAAAUUGAGCUGGAACUUGGUUAACUCCUUUCCGCACCAUACCUUUUUCUGGGAGGGGCUGGACGGCUCCCGUGUACUGGUCCACUUUCCACCUGGCGACUCCUAUGGGAUGCAGGGCAGCGUGGAGGAGGUGCUGAAGACUGUGGCCAAUAAUCGGGACAAGGGGAGGACUAACCACAGUGCCUUCCUCUUUGGUUUUGGGGACGGGGGCGGUGGCCCUACCCAGACCAUGCUGGACCGCUUGAAGAGGCUGGGCAACACAGAUGGGCUGCCCAGGGUGCAGCUGUCUUCUCCAAAGCGGCUCUUCUCAGCACUGGAGAGUGACUCGGGGCAUCUGUGCACAUGGGUCGGGGAGCUCUUCCUGGAGCUGCACAAUGGCACCUACACCACCCACGCCCAGAUUAAGAAGGGGAACCGGGAGUGUGAGCGGAUCCUACAUGACGUGGAGCUGCUCAGUAGCCUGGCCCUGGCCCGCAGCACCCAGUUCCAGUACCCUGCAGCCCAGCUGCAACACCUCUGGAGGCUCUUGCUUCUGAACCAGUUUCAUGAUGUGGUGACUGGAAGCUGUAUCCAGCUGGUGGCAGAGGAUUCCAUGUGCCACUAUGCAGACAUUCGUUCCCAUGGCAAUACUCUGCUCAGCACUGCAGCCACAGCCCUGUGUGCUGGGGAACCAGGUCCUGAGGGCCUCCUCAUUGUCAACACACUGCCCUGGAAGCGCACUGAAGUGUUGGCCCUGCCCAAGCCCGGUGGGGCCCACAGCCUAGGUAUGACCCCCAGCCCUGGUGACGGUGCCCAGCAUGGGCUAUGCUCCUGUUCCUGCCCCCACUUCAGUGCAGCCCCUACUGCCCCAGCAGCCUGUGUUUGUAGUGCAAGAGUUCCUACAAACUCAGCCUCAUGGCCCCCUUUCACCAAGACUGAUGGUUCCGUGACUCUGGACAACGGCAUUAUCCGGGUGAGGCUGGACCCAACUGGCCGGCUGACGUCCCUGGUCCUGGUGGCCUCUGGCAGGGAGGCCAUUGCUGAGGGUGCUGUAGGGAACCAAUUUGUGCUGUUUGAUGAUGUGCCUUUGUAUUGGGAUGCUUGGGAUGUCAUGGACUAUCACCUAGAGACCCGGAAGCCUGUGCUGGGCCAAGCAGGGACCCUGGCAGUGGGCACUGAGGGCGGCCUGCGGGGCAGUGCCUGGUUCUUACUGCAGAUCACCCCCAACAGCCGCCUCAGCCAGGAGGUGGUGCUGGAUGUUGGCUGCCCCUAUGUCCGCUUCCACACCGAGGUGCACUGGCAUGAGGCCCACAAGUUCCUGAAGGUAGAGUUUCCUGCCCGUGUGCGGAGUUCCCAGGCCACCUAUGAGAUCCAGUUUGGCCACCUGCAGCGACCCACUCAUUACAACACCUCUUGGGACUGGGCUCGAUUUGAGGUGUGGGCCCACCGCUGGAUGGAUCUGUCAGAGCAUGGCUUUGGGCUGGCCCUGCUCAAUGACUGCAAGUAUGGCGCGUCAGUGCGAGGCAGCGUCCUCAGCCUCUCCCUCUUGCGGGCACCUAAGGCCCCUGAUGCCACUGCUGACAUGGGGCGUCAUGAGUUCACCUAUGCACUGAUGCCACACAAGGGAUCCUUUCAAGACGCUGGAGUUAUCCGUGCUGCCUAUAGCCUCAACUUUCCCCUGUUGGCGCUGCCAGUCCCGGGCCCAGCGCCUGCCACCUCCUGGAGUGCCUUUUCCCUGUCCUCGCCCGAAGUCGUGUUGGAGACCGUCAAGCAGGCGGAGACCAGCACCCACAGCCGCACACUGGUCCUGAGGUUGUAUGAGGCCUAUGGCUGCCACGUGGACUGCUGGCUACACACAUCGCUGCCUGUUCAGGAGGCGAUUCUCUGCAAUCUUCUGGAGCAGCGAGACCCUACUGGGCACUUGCCACUUCGGGACAACCGCCUGAAGCUCACCUUCUCUCCCUUUCAAGUGCAGUCUCUGUUGCUCGUGCUUCAGCCUCCCCCAAACUGAGUCCCCAAAGGUGGGGUCUUGUCUGUGGAAGGCUCUGGGGACUCCUCAUUUCUGCCUCCCCAGCCUGAAGCACAGAUGAGUUGCCUCUUGUAUAAUAAACCUACCCAUCAGGAACCAUGCUGGUAGCUCCCCUCACUCCUUCUUAGUGUAUACCCUCAGGCCUAGGAGUUUGGGGGAGAGGUACUGGUGUGUGCAGGGUCUGGGCUAUAGCUCCUACAAGAGAGAUUGAGGAUUUUGGGUGACCACAAGCUGGCUGGAGACCAUGAGAUAAGAAGGGCUUCCCCUGUGUGGGGCUGGAGAGGAGGCUGAGGGUACAUUCUGGCCGGAUGGCAGAUCAGCCACAGGCCCUGGAGAAUGCUGGACUGGAGGAGCUUAGGUACCUAGGCUGCUUGGAGCCAAGGUUAUUGCAUCACCUCUGAGGGGCUGUCCUUCACUAGCCAGAACCUUGAGGUCUAGGAU